GAGCAAGCGAGCGAGACAGACGCGGAGGGAGAGGAGAAAGGCAGGAAAGAUCCUGGAACGAGGAAGAGGAAGAGGCGGCGAAUCUCGCUGGAUUUGUCUUUCUCAGCACAUCGGUGAAGCUUUGGGUUUGUUUCUUAAAGUACUGGCUUUAGAAGUCCACAUUUGAGCUCUCUCCUUCCUGCUUGCUGCUUGCUGAGGUGGCUGGGAUGCUCCCAUGGUUUAUCUGACUCUAGACUGGGCUAUUCUCUGUGCUAAACCAAUCACUUACGGGCCUCUCUUAACAGUGUGAAGUGAGGGGACCUACUCCCUCCUUUCUACUCCCUCUGUGGUCCACCUUACUUUUUAUCCUGCCCUGCGGCGGCUCCUCCCCUUACCGUCAUGGACGACUCAGAGGUGGAGUCGACCGCCAGCAUCUUGGCCUCUGUGAAAGAACAAGAGGCCCAGUUUGAGAAGCUGACCCGGGCGCUGGAGGAGGAGCGGCGCCAUGUCUCGGCGCAACUGGAACGCGUCCGGGUCUCACCACAAGAUGCCAGCUCACUCAUGGCCAAUGGCACCCUCACCCGUCGGCAUCAGAACGGUCGGUUUGUGGGCGAUGCUGACCUUGAGAGACAGAAAUUUUCAGAUUUGAAACUCAACGGACCCCAGGAUCACAACCACCUUCUGUACAGCACUAUCCCCAGGAUGCAGGAGCCAGGACAGAUUGUGGAAACCUACACUGAGGAGGACCCUGAAGGAGCCAUGUCUGUUGUUUCUGUGGAGACCACAGAUGAUGGGACCACUAGGCGCACGGAGACCACAGUCAAGAAAGUUGUGAAGACAAUGACAACUCGGACAGUACAGCCUGUCCCCAUGGGGCCAGACGGGCUGCCUGUGGACGCCUCAGCAGUCUCCAAUAACUAUAUCCAGACCUUGGGCCGUGAUUUCCGCAAGAAUGGCAAUGGGGGCCCUGGUCCCUACGUGGGGCAAGCGGGCACUGCCACUCUUCCUAGGAACUUCCACUAUCCUCCAGAUGGGUAUGGCCGACACUAUGAAGAUGGUUAUCCAGGUGGCAGUGACAACUACGGCAGUCUGUCCCGGGUGACCCGAAUUGAGGAGCGGUAUAGGCCCAGUAUGGAAAGCUACCGGGCACCCAGUAGACAAGAUGUCUAUGGGCCCCAGCCCCAGGUUCGAGUAGGUGGGAGCAGUGUGGACCUGCAUCGUUUUCAUCCAGAGCCUUAUGGGCUAGAGGAUGACCAGCGCAGCAUGGGCUAUGAUGACCUCGAUUAUGGCAUGAUGUCUGAUUAUGGUACUGCCCGUCGGACAGGAACACCCUCUGACCCUCGACGACGCCUCAGGAGCUAUGAAGACAUGAUUGGUGAAGAGGUGCCACCUGAUCAGUACUAUUGGGCUCCUUUAGCUCAGCAUGAGCGGGGAAGUUUAGCAAGCUUGGAUAGUUUGCGCAAGGGAAUGCCCCCACCUUCAAACUGGAGACAGCCUGAGCUGCCAGAGGUGAUCGCCAUGUUAAGCUUCCGCUUGGAUGCUGUUAAGUCCAAUGCAGCUGCAUACCUGCAGCACUUAUGCUACCGCAAUGACAAGGUGAAGACUGACGUGCGGAAGCUCAAGGGUAUCCCAAUAUUGGUAGGAUUGUUAGACCAUCCCAAAAAGGAAGUGCACCUCGGAGCCUGUGGAGCUCUCAAGAACAUCUCUUUCGGACGUGACCAAGAUAACAAGAUUGCCAUAAAAAACUGUGAUGGUGUUCCUGCUCUGGUCCGAUUGCUCCGAAAGGCUCGUGAUAUGGACCUGACUGAAGUGAUUACUGGAACCCUGUGGAAUCUCUCAUCCCAUGAUUCGAUCAAAAUGGAGAUUGUGGACCAUGCACUACAUGCCUUGACAGAUGAAGUUAUCAUUCCACAUUCUGGUUGGGAGAGAGAACCCAAUGAAGACUGUAAGCCACGGCAUAUUGAAUGGGAGUCAGUGCUUACCAACACUGCUGGCUGCCUUCGGAAUGUAAGCUCAGAGAGGAGUGAAGCCCGGCGGAAACUUCGGGAAUGUGACGGCUUAGUUGAUGCCCUCAUUUUCAUCGUUCAGGCAGAAAUUGGGCAGAAGGAUUCAGACAGUAAGCUUGUGGAGAAUUGUGUUUGCCUCCUCCGGAACUUAUCAUACCAAGUUCAUCGUGAAAUCCCACAGGCAGAGCGUUAUCAGGAGGCCCUUCCUACUGUGGCUAACAGUACUGGGCCACAUGCUGCCAGUUGCUUUGGCAUCAAGAAGGGCAAAGAUGAGUGGUUCUCCAGAGGGAAAAAGCCUACAGAAGAUCCAACAAAUGAUACAGUGGAUUUCCCUAAAAGAACUAGUCCUGCUCGAGGCUAUGAACUCUUAUUUCAGCCAGAAGUGGUGCGAAUAUACAUUUCACUCCUUAAGGAGAGCAAGACACCCGCCAUCUUAGAAGCCUCGGCUGGAGCUAUCCAGAACUUGUGUGCUGGGCGCUGGACAUAUGGCAGAUACAUCCGCUCUGCUCUUCGUCAGGAGAAGGCUCUCUCUGCCAUAGCUGAUCUCCUUACUAGUGAACAUGAGCGAGUAGUGAAAGCUGCUUCUGGGGCACUGAGAAAUCUGGCUGUGGAUGCUCGGAACAAAGAGUUAAUUGGCAAACAUGCUAUUCCUAACUUGGUAAAGAAUCUGCCAGGAGGUCAACAGAACUCCUCCUGGAAUUUCUCUGAGGAUACUGUGGUCUCUAUAUUGAACACCAUCAAUGAAGUUAUUGCUGAGAACUUAGAAGCUGCCAAAAAGCUUCGAGAGACCCAGGGUAUUGAGAAGCUGGUGCUGAUCAACAAAUCAGGGAAUCGUUCAGAAAAAGAGGUCCGGGCAGCAGCUCUUGUCUUGCAGACAAUCUGGGGCUAUAAGGAGCUCCGGAAGCCACUGGAAAAAGAANGAUGGAAGAAAUCAGACUUCCAGGUGAAUCUAAAUAAUGCAUCUAGAAGCCAGAGCAGCCAUUCAUAUGAUGAUAGCACUCUCCCCCUCAUUGACCGGAAUCAAAAAUCAGAUAAGAAACCUGACCGGGAAGAAAUUCCAAUGAGCAAUAUGGGGUCAAACACAAAAUCAUUAGAUAACAACUAUUCCACACUGAAUGAGAGAGGAGACCACAACAGAACCCUGGAGCGAUCUGGGGAUCUGGGUGAUAUGGAACCUUUGAAGGGAGCACCCUUGAUGCAGGACGAGGGGCAGGAAUCUUUGGAGGAAGAGUUGGAUGUGUUGGUUUUGGAUGAUGAGGGAAACCAAGUGUCUUACUCCCCCAUGCAGAAGAUUUAGCACCACUCUACCUGCUCCAUAUGGGCUUAUAAUAUAUUACUUUUAUUUUUUGGUGGUGAAAUGGACUGAUGAUUUUUUUCUUUUCUUCGCUGGACUAUUGUGCCAACUGCCAGGCUGACUCCUACCCUUGUAGCCCAAAUUGGCUGCCAUCAUCCGUGAAUCACCAACAUCUCCCACUGAAGUUUAAUUGUCCUAUCCUCCCAGACCCUACUUNCNGUUUUCCCCCAAGAAACCNGACUCAGUUAUUUGCAUAUCUUGAGGAACUGCUUCAGAUUAGNUCUUUGCAGCCUUCCCUGGAACUCUUGGCCUUGCACAGAGGGAGGAAGAGUGGAACUCUCUACUGGAAGCAAUGGGAAGAACUGAAAAUUACACGCUGUCUGUUCAGCAUUCAGCAUUCUGACAAACUGAUGACUUUUAAUCAAGACUAUUUUUUCUGGUGUGGGGGGGAAACUUUUUAUUUUGUUUUGGAUGGGGAAGUGUGAGUUCUUCCCUUAUCCAGUGGCGAUUUUUGAAGCCAAGAAGGCUAGAAACAUUGGCACAUUCCACCUGGCAAGGGCCCUCAAGUAAGUGAAGUACUCCCCAACNUCAGAGUNAGAACUCUUGUUCCUCCUGUUCGAGGCAGGGACCACAAAGGACCUACAGACUCCAUCUCUUCUGUCAGCUUCAGGACAACCUUGGGGUGCUGUCCUGACCAAGGCUGUCCUUAACCUUCCUCUCCUACCCUGUUAUAAGCCUGCUAACUUGACCUGGCCGUUUUACAAGAUGCUUUGUAAAAAGGAAAAUGCCAUGGAACCCCUUGGUUGAGAAGAAACAGAAAGAUUGUCUAUUGAGAAGAUGAACCUCUAGGAGGAACUAGAAGUAAUGUANAUGAAGUGGUUAGUCUGAAACUGGCAGGAAGCUUCAAAGCUNGCUUUACCCAGCCCCNCACCCCAUCUCUCUUCUUCCUUUAUAAGCUUGUCCUCCCUCUCCUCCCCUUCCCUGGAUUGUUGGCCAACUUACAAGACUUGUACAUAGCUCCUCCCCCUUUGUCCUUCUAAGGUAGGAGUUGCCCUGGCUUUGCCUCUUCUUUGUGCCUUUGGCCUGGGGUGCAUCUCCUCCCUCUCUUCCAGGUGCCUUUCUUUGCCUCUGCAGUCUCAUUUCUCAUGAUUUUGCAAGUUAGACUUUGUUAUUUUCUUANGCACUGUUGACCCCCAGUAGCUGAAGAGGAGUGGUAACCUAGGGAACUUUAAGUUCCUACUGGGUGUUGUUAAAGCCUCUGACGUAGCCACAACAGGCUUCUGCUCAACAGUGUACAGUUGGGAUUGGUGAAAAUCCAUCCUGAUAAGUCUCGAAGUGAGGCUGUUAGGAGGGAGUGCUGUGACUCUGACUCCUUAGAUGUCCNCNGUUCNCAUCAUCUCUGAAAGGCUACAGGGAAUCAGGCCAUGCCUCCAUCACACCCUUUACUGUUGUAGUGAGUGUUACAGCUUGGCUAGAGAAGCAGCUACUAUGUGGGUGCAAUUUUUUUUUAAAAAAACGUUUUUCCUUAUUUGUUUUCUUUCCUUAAUCUAAAAGCUCUAUUCAAUGCAACUGGAAUUCUUUAUCCCUCUUGUCCUUAAUAUAUUGAGGCUAUGGGGUAGGAGAAAAAUGCACAGCCCACCAACUCUUUUUCUUAUGCAUUACAGUCGCCCCCCUCCCCCCUUUAACCUUUGCUUCCUUCCCAUUUCUUCCUAGUCCCAUUUCCCUUUUCUGGCAAANAGGAGCUCUGUGCUCUCUGUGACCCUCAGAGUACACUGCACAGGGGAGCCUUCCCCCCCCCCGCCCCACAUCUAUCUGCCUCUGGUUUUGGGUUCUCUUGUCCUCCUCUGCUCUUCCUGGUGCUCUUUCUUCUCGGUGGGGUGUGGGUAAUAGAAUAGCCAUGGGCUUUGGGGACCUUUAAUUUUUUUUUGUUCGUUUGUUUUGUUUUUCCUCUUUNCUUUAUAAAAACACUAAACAUUCAAUUUCAGCAAACCAAAAAUCCUACCCUCCCACCGAAUACUACUAAGGGGCAUAUCUUCUGCUCUGUAUCUUUUCUCUCUUUCUUUCUCUUGUUAAUGCUUUUAAAAACAAAUGAGUUUUUUAUAUAAAUAAAAGUUUUUAAAGUGUGUGUGUGGGAGGUCUGUGUCAUUUCUUCACUUCCAGCUGCACUUCUUCCCUCCUUUCCUUCUUACUUACUUUGGUGCCAGUGUUGUUUUUCUUUGCAGAGCAGCCAGAAGGUGGUUGGUUGUCUCAGGAUGGGCUUACUUUAGUUUCAGUCCCAACUCUUAUGAAGGAAUGUUCUUUGGAACACCCUCCCACUCCAGAGUCUUAAAGAGAUUUAAUGAAUGGCUGAAGUAGAGCAUGAGAACUUUCUGCUGUUAGAGUUAGAAAGUGAAGUGCAUACACUGGCUUCCCCAUUCUCUGGGGUUCUCAUACAUCAUGACAAAAUGAGCACUGAGCAAAGCCCUCUAACACAUGGCUCUUUUGAACACAACAUAUCAAAUCUAGAAGAUUAGAAGCUAGCAAUCCCAAUAGCUACCUUAGUAAAUGUGAAAGAUUUCAAAGUCCUCUGCAUGAGAACACUAAUCACAGAUCAUGGCAAUGCAGCUCAGGCCCUAUGGAGUCGGUUGGGUUGUUUGAUAGGACAUCCCGCCAAAUUGUAUAUGGUUAACAGAAAUCAAAUCACUGGGGGGUUAUCUUUACUGCAGAUACCAAAGAUUCAGACUCAUGGAAAAAUACUUUUCCAGGUCCCUUAUGCCCUGCCAUAUAAUUUAAAAAUCUCCAGAGAAUUUGUAUAGUGACAUCUUCAAUCACUAUAUUAUAAAAUUAUUUGGCUGUUCCCAGUGAUAGCCCAGGAUCACCACAUUAUACAAGACGUAAGAGCUUUUUUUUUGGGGGGGGGGGCUAGUGAGAACCGGGCAACUCCAGCAGUGUAGCUGUGUAGAUUAAGGCUUGAUUUGCACUUACACCUGUAGUCUUAGACCUGAAAAAUAAAAUACAAAGCCAAAACUUCAGCAUCUGCUCUGCUGCUAAGGUUUUUUUAUGUAGAGAAACCUGGCCAUUGACCAGCAACCUUUCCUCACUGGUAUUGAGUUAGAUCAAAACCCUGCUGCGGGCUGGCCUUAGCUCAUGAUCCUCCUGCUUGUCUCCUUAGUGCUGGGACUGUAGGUGCCAGUCACAUGUUCAGCUACAGAGUUUUCAAAGGUCUAGAUCAAGCUAGCCCUAGGGGUAUGCACUGCUAAUCCCAGCACUCAGGUGACAGACACCAGCCUGGUCUACAUAGCAAGACUGUCUUGGUCAGUCAAUGAAUCAGUUAUUCGUGCUCAUACCUAAACUGAAAUGUUGAACUGACCUAUAAACGCCAAGUAUGGUUUGAUUGGUUUUGGAAACCAGGGCCUCACUGUGUAGUUAGCCUGACCAGUGUGACCUUGAGUUUGUGGCAAUCCUUCCCAGAUGCUGAGAUUACACUGCCACCAUGCCUGAGUUUCUGGAAAGUUUCUUGGCAGACUUGACAGUGCGUUAGAGGCAGCCCUCUUAUACUUCUUGCUCAUACUAACACUAAGAAACUUUCGGAAUUUGUUCCUUCUUAGUGGCUCUUACCAGGUUUUGUUUUGAUUGCUUUCCUGGUGUUUGUUAGUUUUUUUCCAUGUUUAUUUUAUAAUCUAUGGGUGUUUUGUCUGCAUGAAUGUCUUGCAUCACACACAUUGGACACGUGUAUAAUGUCCAAAGAGACCAGAAGAGAAUGUGGCAUCCUCUGGAACUAGAGUUAC